UGCCUAAGUUUCUCAUCAGUCGGUCAUUUCAGCCGACGGGAAAUUGCCCGACAACAUUUCAACUGUGUGCCAGCGCCAUUUGUGGCAUCCGUGACCUCGUUUUUCCGCAGCAAUGUCCCGGUCAUGCCGACGGCGCUCGUGGGCGCGUUCGCGUCCGUGAUCGUGAUCGUCUGCAUCGGUGUCUACCUGGCCUUCAGCACAGGUCUUAAGGAUCGCAACAUCACUCAUGGCAGCACGGAACCGGGCCAUGAGGUCGAGGGUGUCAAUAUCAGCACUCUCUCUGGCGACGCAAACUCGACCGUGAGCAAAGCUACGAUCGCGGCAGCAACGUACCGCAAAGGCCUGAUGUUCUGCGUGCUUGGCCACAGCUUCGUGGCUGUGGCUCCCAUCACGGCAGGCUGGUGCGACUACACGAUUUACCCAGACUUCACGAUAGUCAACGACAGGUUCGAGCCUCUGUACAGGCGCAGCACAUGGGAUGCCUUUCAGAAGGGUUUCGCUGCCCAAACGAACGUUGCUCCCGGUGUGAGCUUCUCGCUGAGUCACUCCGACGCAACAACCAGAAUCCCGGCCAUGGGCACCCAAUUGUCGGACCUUGCGCAGACGGCGCGGUUGAGGGCAAUGGGCGUGCUCAACUUCGCCCGCCACAGCAGCUCGAACACCAACACCCUGGCACCCAUGUUCAAGGCUUUUACAAAAGCCCUUUCGUGGCACUCCGACUUGGUACACAUGACCUUUCUUGGCGUCUGGCUGUACACCCAGAACGCGGCUAUGGAGUUCGUAUCCGAAGUGUUGUCAAUGCAUGACAACCUGAACACGAUCAUCCUGCAGACCCACAUGUCCGAGCUGCAUGCCUCAUCAGCCACCUGCAUCUCUCGACCAAUAUGCGUGAUGGCUUCUGUCGACACCCUUCCCAGCUUCAGCAUUGCCGAGGCGACCGUGUCCUUGCUGCGGGAAACGGACCACAAGUUCCGGAUCGUGUUCUCCUCGACGCUGGGCGUCAUGAUAUACGCGGGAGCCGCGGGAGGCGAACAGCCGUCGGGCGCCAACAAGCCCUGCGACUGGUCGUACAUGGAGGACUACGACUUCACGUGCAACCACAGCGUGCUCAGCGGCAAACGCCGCUACGACUCGGACGGCAAGUACGAGUACGUCACCUACAACGAUGACGACCGCCAGUACUACGUAACCUACGAGUCCAACCGGAGCAUAGCUGAGAAGUGCGAUAUGUACAUUCCAAACAUCUCGGAAGGCUGGGCGCUCUUCGAGAUCCAGCGUGACGUCGGUGCCAAGUGUUCUCCUUUCGGAUUGAACUACGAGCGCCUGGAAACCGCACAGAGCAUAGCCCGCAACAGAACUCACGUUGGGUAUAGGCCUUGACUCCAGGGAGCAUCAGUCACCAGGACCGAGCACUCUGAUUGUAUUUGCUGGAGAAGACGUUUGCUGUACCUCCUGGGCUUUAGAUGCCAUGCUAAAAAAAAAAAACGCGAACUGUAAUUCAUGACGCGCUACAUUUUGCAGGUCCAAUGUUGAACUUCCUUUCGUAUUAUUGCCUUUCUAUGCUCAGUCAUCGGUGGAGUAUUAUAUUUUUUAUUGUAUUGCAAAAUGUUCAUGACUGAGAAUCUAAUAAUUACUGUUGUGUAA